AUGAAAUCAAUCGGCAUCGUUCAAAGAGGCAAAGGCUUCGCCCAAGAAAAGACAACACUACCUCCUCUGAAAGAACACCAAGUAUACGUCAAAGUUGAAUAUGCCGCAUUCAACCCAACUGACCGGCUUGCGCUUGAUGUCAAUGCUUUUGGAGACGGUGCAGUUUUGGGCUGCGACUUUGCGGGCACCGUAGUCGAAGCCCAUCCGAGUGUCACAAAAUUACAGACUGAUGAUAGUAUCGCUGGUUUUAUCUGGGGCGGCGAGAUCAAAGGAUUGGGCGCAUACUCCACCUACACCAUCGCGGACGAACGUCUCUCCUUCAAGAUCCCUACCAACACGAGCCCUGCACAAGCUGCUUCGGUGCCAUUAGCAGCCAAUACCGCAUGGCUUGCUUUAUUCUCCGAUGAUUCUUUGGCAUACAGGUGCGAUAGGGCAACUGAGAAGGCCCCUCUGCUGAUUUGGGGAGGCAACACCACUGUGGGUUAUUUCGCCAUUCAGUUAGCCAAACUCUACAACAUCGAAGUCGCUACAACAUGCAGCCCUCGAAACUUCGAAAAGGUCCGACAGGGUGGGGCAACUCAUGUCUUCGAUUACAACGACGAGGAUGUCAUCGCCAAGAUCAAGCAGGCGCUGCCGAGUCUGGAAAAUGUCUUUGACACGGUCGGGAAUUCAAACUCGUCAGCAACUGCAGCUAGAACCAUCAGCGGCAAAGAAGGCUUGCUAUGUACGGUUAGACCAGGCAAGGCAAACACUCAGGAUGUUCCGUCACACGUCAAAGUCACUGAAGUUUUUGUCUUCACUGCGUUUCCUACGGAACAUAACUACCGCGGCAAGGCACAUUGGCCCGUUAAGAUGGGAGACCACAAUUUAAGUGCAGAGUUUCACGGACAGUUGGAGGACUUGCUCAACGAUGGAACUCUGAAACCGCCACCGGUUCGUACUAUCGGACAGCUUAGCCCUUCUACAGUGGAGGAGGCGAUGAAAUUAAAUCGCCAAGGUCGCAUUUCGGGUGAGAAGUUGGUCUUCAACGGUCUACCUUAA